AGCGCAUUUGAAACAGAUGCGCUCAACCAAUCAGAUGCUCGGCAAAUUCCGGAAACAGCGAAUCAGCUUGUAGCGAACGAGGAUUUAAACCAGGACGCCGAACCCAAAAAACUACACUGCGUUGUUCUCUGUUACGAUUGUCCGUGGUUUGUGUUGAAGCAACGCAUAUUUCGAAAUGGCUCUUCGAGUGACCAGAAACCGCUUGGCUUCUACUAAGGCUGACCUCGGUGGUAAGGCCUGCUCGGUCGCUGGUCCCACGAAGCCUCGCGCUGCGCUGGGCGAAAUCGGAAAUCUCGCCGUUAACAAAGAAGUCACGUUACAGAAAAAGAAUAGCAAGGCAGAGCCUACUAAAAAGAUCAAGACCACCAAAGUCGUCAAAGCAGUUGUACAACAAGAAAAUGUUGUUCCUGUUAAACCUGAGCAGGUUCUCCCUGAACCAGCAUCCCCCACUCCAAUGGAGACUUCUGGCUGUGCUCCUGCUGACCUCUGUCAGGCUUUCUCUGAUGUCAUGCUCCACACUGCUGUCCGGGAUGUGGAUGCAGAUGACUAUGACAACCCCAUGCUCUGCAGUGACUACGUGAAAGACAUCUACAAGUACCUCAGACUGCUUGAGGUUGAGCAGAACGUCAGGCCCACUUAUCUGCAAGGUCAGGAGGUGACUGGUAACAUGCGGGCCAUUCUCAUUGACUGGCUUGUGCAAGUGAGCCUAAAGUUUCGUCUGCUGCAGGAGACUAUGUACAUGACUGUGGGAAUCAUUGACCGCUUUCUUCAGGAUCACCCAGUUCCCAAGAAGCAGCUGCAGCUGGUCGGCGUGACUGCCAUGUUCCUUGCUUCCAAAUACGAGGAGAUGUAUCCCCCAGAGAUCUCAGACUUUGCCUAUGUGACAGACAAGGCCUACACCACUGCCCAGAUCAGGGACAUGGAGAUGACCAUUCUUCGGACCCUCAAGUUCCAACUAGGCCGCCCUCUUCCCCUGCAGUUUCUCAGAAGGGCCUCAAAGAUUUAUGAAGUAACUGCUGAGCAACACACCCUCGCAAAAUACCUCCUGGAGCUUACCAUGAUUGACUAUGACAUGGUUCACUUCCCACCUUCCAUGGUAGCGAGCGCUGCGUUGGCUCUCACCCUCAAGAUCUUGGAUGCUGGUGAAUGGGAUGUGACACUGCAGCACUACAUGGACUACACUGCAGAGAGUUUGUUUCCUGUGAUGGCACACAUUGCCAAGAAUGUUGUGAAGGUGAACGAUGGGCAGACCAAGCACUUGGCAAUCAAAGGCAAAUAUUCCACUUCAAAGCAGAUGAGAAUUGCCACCAUCUCACAGCUAAAGUCUUCAGUGGUGAAGGAACUUGCAAAGCAGCCCGUUUAGUGAGGAAAUGUUUCAGCACCAUGUGCUGAUUUGUACAGUUGUAACUUAAUGUGAUUGAAGGAGCUGCUGCAUACCAAGGACAAUGUGGUUUGCAUGUUAACAAACUGAAAAUAGGGUUUACUUUUACAGACUUCAAAGUAUGCUAAAAGUGUCUCUUUUUAAAUUUUCUUUUUUAUUUGCAAGUUGGCCCUCCAGACCUUAGCCCACACAAAAUGGCAGUCUUGGACUCUUGUCACCUUAUUGACUCCACGAGAUUCAGUCAGCCAAUUAUUUCCCCUCUAAUGCAACCCUUCACUAUUUCCAAGCUUACAGCAGUUAAUGCACUACUUACUGAUGGCUGAAAUUUUGACGGUCACUAUAUCAAUAUUUUAAUAUCCUGCAUGCAAAUUAAAAUGGACUAUGCCUCAACUGUCACGUUAUUUUCCACUUCAGGUGACUAAAAUAAGACUGCUAUUUAAACCCAGAUCUAAAUUUUUUACAUAUCUGCCAACUGUUAGAGGAAGUCACAAAUUGAUAUCCCUACACAAGUUAUUCUAAUAGCUUUAUGUAACUGCUGCAAAUUUAAAACUUAUGGCAUGCUUUAAAAUAAGAAGGGGCCAUAGGGGUGUAGUUUUUUACAAUGUGUAAAAUGUACAGCGAUACAUAACUUUUACUUUGUCUUAAAUGUCUUGUUUUUAAAGCAUCUAAUUAAAUGGUUCUGACC